AUGGCAGACUGUGCUGCUGGUGUCGACGUGAUUCUUGCAGCAGGUGCUUGCCACAAGCUUUGGUUGCGCUGCUACUUUGCCGGCUGUCGAGCGGUCGGCGUGCGUGACCGUCACUCCCUACUCUCUGAUGCAGCCUUGCCGGAGUUUCCUUUUGAUUUUCCGGACACCCAAGCUGGCCAGCAGCAGUCAGCUCAAGAGGGCGCGGAGUGCCAGUCCCGCUUUCUACGCCGACCGCCAGCCAAGCGCCCGAACUUCGAACUGCUCGGGGUACAUUCUCCUCAUACACCUGACUGGAGCUCCGGUCUUAGCUGA